AUGGCUUCUCAACUUUCCCUUCCUAUUCCGAUCUCAUACAUAGCUGGUAGAUACCUGCUGUUCUCAAUUGAUGCUGUCACAUAUCUGCGACGUGAAUACAAUAUCUGUGGUGUCCUUAUAGGAACUUUGCCGCAGAUUCCGCAGCAGAAUGUGUUCCUGGGUUUGCCUCUCGAGUUGAUGCCCGAAGAGGCACGAGUACUGGUGGACAGUGGUGUAGCUUGCAUUGUAGACGAAGCCAAAGCUCACGCUGGCAUGAAAUCUCUUCUAGAGGAGGAUCGCCGGAGUUACAUGCGCGAACUAGAAUCCCAGGGCCUCCAUGCCAUGCGUAUCCUUACAGAACGGAAGGACCAGCAACGAGAGCAGACGAUGAAGAAAAUUAGCGACAAAAAGGCCAAAGCCAAUGCUGAACAAGUCGAAGCCCCUGCCGCAGCUGACGACAGCGCGGGUAAACCAUUGCCAUCAGCUGAGAAAGCAGACCCGUCGCCAGAUGUGGAUCUGUUCGGAGACUCUCCUGCUCCUGCUGCUGCAUCCCAAGAUUCAAGUACAACUCCUGUCCCCCAGCAGAUCAUGGGCAUCACACCUGCAACAUCAUACCCCCCUCUUGAAAAUCAAGUCACCUUGUCGAAGAACCUUCUCUCUGCCCCCGAGGUACCCCUAUCAUAUCCGCUCUUCGCCCACCUGCACUCCCGAGGAUACUUCCUCUCCCCCGGUCUGCGCUUCGGAUGCCAGUACGUCGCAUACCCGGGAGAUCCUCUUCGAUUCCACUCCCACUUCUUGGUUGUCUCUGCUGAGUGGGACCAGGAGAUUGACCUGAUGGACAUUGUCAUUGGUGGCCGACUGGGCACUGGCGUGAAGAAAGGAUUCCUUCUUGGUGGACCGCAAAAGGCAAGAGAUGAGGCCACAUCUGAGAUCGAACGCACAAAAUCUGUCCGAUCUUUUAGCAUUGAAUGGGCCGGUAUGUGA